CCGGAAAACUCAUCAUCAUCUACAACAACACUCAAAAUGUCGCUCAACUUCGUGCUGCCCCCAAUCCACGACAACGAGGACGGCUCCUGGGGUCCUAGCUCCAGCGCCCUCCCUCCCAGCUUCAAGGACAUCCCUUACGCGCCGUUCGCCAAGAACGAGAAGCUGAGCAGAGUCGCGGACUGGCACACCGAGGCCGACGCCGGUGCCUCUAACCAGCGCCGUCAGCAGCAGCAGGGGCGCCGCCAGGGCCGCGAGGCGUACGGCGCGUCCGAUUCGAAUGCGUUCGGCUAUGUGCAUGACGAGGACGAGAAGAGCUUCUCGCUCGUCGACAACAGUUCGCGCGCCGCGGCGCGCGGCCGCACCGGCGGUCUGCGUGGCCGCACGACUGGUGGGCGCGGGAUGGUUUCGGCGCAGCGUGGGCCUCAGCGGGGCCGUGCGCCCGGUGCUUUCCAGCGCGGUGGCUACAGCUCGCGUGGGCGUGGUGGUGGUCGCGGCGGGUACGGCGGGUACGACAAGCCCCAGCGGACGCGUGACUCGUCUGUGGCUAUCGGCCCUGAUUGGCAGGUGCUGGAGGAGCUCGAGUUCCCGCGUCUCAACAAGCUGAGCAUGGGCGUCGACGAGCCCGAGAACCUCGAGAGCGCUGGUACGCUGCAGGGCUACGACAAGGCGUUUGACCGCAUCAACACCCGCAACCUCAAGAACCUCGAGAUUCAGGAGCGUGUGCGCUACAGUGAGACAACAUCUGAAGACCCUAUUAUCAAGAAGCUCUCUGAGCAGAAGGCCGGCACCGUCUUCGCUACCGACUCCAUCCUCUCUGUGCUCAUGUGUGCGCCCCGCUCCGUCAACUCCUGGGACAUUGUCAUUGAGCGCCGUGGCGACCAGAUCUUCCUUGACAAGCGCGGUGGAGCGCCGUUCGAUGUCCUCAGCGUCAACGAGAACGCCAUUGAACCGCCCGCGGACUCGGACGACCUCAACGGCGCUGCCUCGCUCUCGCUCGAGGCGACCUACAUCAACCACAACUUCACCUCGCAGGUCAUCGACCUCAAGAGCAAGGCUUACACGCCCAACCCCAACCCCUUCUACGACGCCGCUGAGGAGACUGAGCCGCUCGCCUCGACCCUGUACCGCUACCGCAAGUUCGACCUCUCAAUUGAGGAGGACGAGGAGCUCAACCUUGUUGUCCGUACUGAGGUGGAUGCGUACCUCGGCAAGAAAAGCCACCUCAUCACCGUCAAGGCGCUCAAUGAGUACGACCCGCGCCAGCAGGGUGCUGGCAACAAGGCGCUCGACUGGCGCAAGAACCUCGACACCCAGAAGGGUGCCAUCGUCGCCAACGAGAUGAAGAACAACAGCGUCAAGCUUGCUCGCUGGGCCGUCCAGUCGUACCUCGCCGGCGCCGAGCUGAUGAAGCUCGGCUACAUCUCGCGCGUCAACCCGCGCGACGCUCAGCGCCACACUAUUGUUGGCAUCCAGAGCGCUAAGCCGGUCGACUUUGCCAGACAGAUGAAUGUCUCGCUCAACAACGGCUGGGGCAUCGUCCGCACUGUCAUCGACAUGGUGAUGAAGCAGCCCGAGGGCAUGUAUGUCCUCGUCAAGGACCCCAACAGCCCUGUCAUUCGCCUGUACUCAGUGCCGGACAACGCCUUCGAGGAGGAGGAGGAGGAGGAGCUCAUCCACCACCAGCAGCCCGAGGACGACGAGUAAGGUAGACUAGUCGCUUAGAUCGUGUAUCUAUUAUACUAGGAUCAUUUACGCAGUGUGUACUUGGAGCGCGGCCCGAACAGAGGAUGCGCAUGUCGGGACACGAUUGACGUGUGAG